ACAAGAUAUUUUCAUAAAAAGCCAAAAUAUCGUCGGCAAUUUCAUUCUUUCUUUUAUUGGCUUCAUUUCAGCGAGAGGCUUUGUAAACCCUCUCUUGGUAUCGCCACCGCCGUUGACCCGUCCUCUUCUCCACCGUUAUUGAAUACUAAAAUCUAGUAAAAAUGGUGAAGUUUACAUCUGAAGAGCUUCGUCGCAUUAUGGACUAUAAACAUAACAUUCGUAAUAUGUCUGUUAUUGCCCAUGUCGAUCAUGGGAAGUCGACACUUACGGAUUCUCUAGUGGCUGCUGCGGGUAUUAUAGCUCAGGAAGUUGCUGGUGAUGUUCGUAUGACAGAUACUCGUGCAGAUGAGGCAGAGCGUGGUAUCACUAUUAAGUCUACUGGUAUCUCACUCUACUAUGAGAUGACUGAUGAGUCCCUUAAGAGCUACAAAGGAGAGAGGCACGGGAAUGAGUAUCUUAUCAAUCUCAUUGAUUCUCCUGGGCACGUUGACUUUUCGUCUGAAGUCACUGCUGCUCUUCGUAUCACUGAUGGUGCACUUGUGGUCGUUGACUGUAUUGAAGGUGUCUGUGUCCAAACUGAAACUGUGCUUCGUCAGGCAUUGGCUGAAAGGAUCAAGCCUGUCUUGACCGUUAACAAGAUGGACAGGUGCUUCCUUGAGCUUCAGUUUGAUGGUGAGGAGGCUUAUCAAACUUUUUCCAGGGUCAUUGAAAAUGCCAAUGUCAUCAUGGCUACCUAUGAAGAUCCCCUUCUUGGAGAUUGUCAGGUCUACCCAGAAAAAGGAACCGUUGCAUUCUCAGCUGGAUUGCAUGGUUGGGCUUUUACUUUGACCAACUUUGCUAAGAUGUAUGCCUCAAAGUUUGGAGUUGAUGAAUCGAAGAUGAUGGAAAGACUUUGGGGUGAGAACUUUUUUGAUCCUGCCACAAAGAAGUGGACCACCAAAAACUCUGGGUCCCCAUCUUGCAAGCGUGGCUUUGUGCAAUUCUGUUAUGAGCCUAUCAAGCAGAUUAUUAGCACAUGUAUGAAUGACCAGAAAGAUAAAUUAUGGCCGAUGUUGACAAAGCUUGGUGUUACCAUGAAGUCUGAUGAGAAAGAGUUGAUGGCGAAGCAUCUGAUGAAGCGUGUCAUGCAGACCUGGCUCCCUGCCAGUACUGCUCUUCUUGAAAUGAUGAUUUUUCAUCUUCCCUCUCCUUCCACGGCCCAGAGAUACCGUGUUGAGAACUUGUACGAGGGUCCCCUUGAUGAUGUGUAUGCAAAUGCAAUUAGGAACUGUGACGCUGAUGGCCCUCUCAUGCUUUAUGUCUCCAAGAUGAUUCCCGCCUCUGAUAAGGGCAGAUUCUUUGCUUUUGGUCGUGUCUUUUCUGGGAAGGUCUCAACUGGUCUGAAGGUGAGAAUCAUGGGUCCAAAUUUUGUACCUGGUGAAAAGAAAGACCUGUAUGUCAAGAGUGUUCAGAGAACUGUUAUCUGGAUGGGCAAGAGGCAGGAAACAGUUGAGGAUGUUCCAUGCGGUAACACUGUUGCCUUGGUUGGUUUGGAUCAAUAUAUCACUAAAAAUGCAACUUUAACCAAUGAGAAGGAAGUUGAGGCCCAUCCUAUUCGUGCUAUGAAAUUUUCUGUCUCACCUGUCGUCCGUGUGGCUGUUCAAUGUAAAGUUGCAUCUGAUCUACCGAAGCUUGUUGAAGGUCUUAAGCGGUUGGCCAAGUCAGAUCCUAUGGUUGUCUGUUCUAUUGAGGAAUCUGGGGAACAUAUCAUUGCUGGUGCAGGAGAGCUACAUCUUGAGAUCUGUUUGAAGGAUCUGCAGGAUGAUUUCAUGGGUGGAGCUGAGAUUAUCAAAUCAGACCCUGUGGUGUCUUUCCGUGAGACUGUCCUGGAGAAAUCCUGCCGUACUGUGAUGAGCAAAUCCCCUAACAAGCACAACCGUCUGUACAUGGAAGCGAGGCCUUUGGAAGAUGGGCUUGCUGAGGCUAUUGAUGAUGGUCGUAUUGGACCAAGAGACGAUCCCAAGGUUCGUUCUAAGAUCUUGUCCGAAGAGUUUGGCUGGGACAAGGAUCUUGCCAAGAAGAUCUGGUGUUUUGGACCUGAAACUACUGGGCCUAACAUGGUGGUUGAUAUGUGUAAGGGAGUGCAGUAUCUUAAUGAAAUUAAGGAUUCUGUUGUGGCUGGUUUCCAGUGGGCUUCAAAAGAGGGUGCAUUGGCAGAAGAAAACAUGAGAGGUAUCUGCUUUGAAGUUUGUGAUGUUGUUCUUCAUACUGAUGCUAUUCACAGGGGUGGUGGUCAGGUCAUUCCUACCGCCAGGAGAGUCAUCUAUGCUUCUCAAAUAACGGCCAAACCCAGACUCCUUGAGCCAGUUUACCUGGUUGAGAUUCAAGCACCGGAGGGGGCUCUUGGUGGUAUUUACAGUGUGCUUAAUCAGAAACGUGGUCAUGUGUUUGAAGAAAUGCAGAGGCCGGGCACUCCUCUCUACAACAUCAAGGCUUAUCUUCCUGUCGUUGAGUCGUUUGGGUUCUCAGCACAACUAAGAGCUGCCACGUCCGGACAAGCGUUUCCUCAGUCUGUGUUUGAUCAUUGGGACAUGAUGUCUUCUGAUCCAUUGGAGGCUGGUUCACAGGCAGCGACACUUGUAACCGAUAUCCGUAAGAGGAAAGGAUUGAAGGAAAGCAUGACCCCUCUUUCCGAGUUCGAGGACAAGCUGUAAUCCAGAGGCGACAACGUCUUUUGCUUUUAAGCAUGCACCAACACAACAGUCCUAUGGUCUUGUAAGAAAUUGAAAGGUAAUACCAUUAGUUUGCUGGAGGAACGAUAAUCGCUGGCGAUCUCUAUGAACCAUGCACUGCUGUUGGGAAGCUCACUUGCUGAUAUACUUAAAUUGCAGACAGAUGGGUGAUGACAUUGAGAAUCUCCGGUACCGGUGAGGCAAUCCAAUUCGGUGCCAUGGAUCUGUUUGAAUAGUGGUUUUAUUUGUAUGUUCUUAUUUUGCCUCAAACCUUAUGCUGCCUUUUUUUUGUGUGAUUAAUAUUUUUCUGUUUUACCUGUGUGCUCAAUUUCCUGCCUUGUAAAUCUAGAUCCAGUUUAAUGCGAUUGUGUUUGUAUUUGUUA